CCCCCAUGUCACACACGCUCAAUUGCACAACUUGAGUGGCUUGCUCAGCUUUCGCGCCUCUCUGUCUACAACCUACCUACCUUGUCUGCACAAUACCUUAUUACCUCGCCAUUGCUUACCACGGUACCGUGCAAAAGGUCGAGCGUCUUGUCUCCGAAACCCAAAAGCACCAUUGUGCUGCUAUAUGAACCCAGCCUGACCCGACUCUUACUGAUCCUUACUACUGCCGUCCCAGCUCUUCAUUCCAUCUGGUUGUCGAUCGAGAAAAGCUCGCCACCACCUCUACUCCGCGACGGGAGACAUCACGACCGCCACCACGGGACAAGUCUUGUCGCAACCAAGAUUCCCCAAGCCAUGAAUUACGAUCAGCAUCACCCAGCCCCAGGCGGUUACCACCACAUGGCCCCUGGUCCCUACAGCCAUCUUCCUCCUCCUCCUCCGCCUCAGCAACACCACCAGGCCGCUCCCCAACAUCACCAACAUCCUUCGAGCCAGAUGCCUCAGCUCCCUCCUAUGGGAUACCCGGCACCCGCGCCCUUGCCUUCCAACUCGAACAUGCCGCCCAACGGAAUGCCCCUUCAACAUCAUCAGUCGGCUGCCCCCAGCGCAUCCUCGGGCGCGCCAGGCCAGCAGGCCGUUCAGAACGCCGUGCCCGCCCCCAUGUCAAAGACCGAUGAUAUAGGUAGGAAAUACGAACUUGUCGUGAUGCAGCAACCCCAGCGAGCCCGCAUGUGCGGCUUUGGCGAUAAGGACCGGCGCCCCAUCACCCCUCCGCCUUGUAUCAAGGUCGUCGUAAGAGACGCCAAGACCGGUCAAGAGAUUAACCCCAACGAUAUCGACUCGACCUUCUACGUGAUCCAGGUGGAUCUGUGGUCCGAGGACGGUACCUCAGAGGUGAAUCUUGUGAGGCACUCAUCUAACACGGCCUCAAUAUCGACCACCCAGCCCUUUUCGUACUCGGCCUUACGGGAGGAGGGUCAAGCGCCCGCCCAGCCCAUGCAGGCUUAUUCCCAGAUGAUGCCGAGCUACGGCUCCGCGCCCAUGGGCUACGCCCAACAGCAGCCUCCUCCGCCACAGCAGCAUAUGAUGCCGGGCUACGGUAUGCCUUCUGGAUCGAGCUACCAGCGUGAGUUGCCCGAUGGAGAAAGGAAGCGCAUGCAGCACUACGGAGUACUGACUGCCUGCGCAGCUGCCUACCAGUCAUCAAACCCCCAGUUUGCUCCCCCGACUCAAUACUUUCCCCAGCAUGCAAACCCGGCGCCUGUGCCCUCGCAGGCCGACAUGGCGUACGGCGCUCACCGCCAGUCUCUGUCCAUGGCCGCUAGCCAGCCGCAGGGCAUGUUUACCAGAAACCUCAUCGGGAGCACGGCGUCGAGUGCAUUCAAGCUCAAUGACGUGGAAGACCACGUUGGAAUCUGGUUUAUCAUGCAGGAUUUGAGCGUGAGGACUGAGGGUCACUUUAGGCUGCGCUUCUCAUUUGUCAAUGUCGCCAGGCCCCCCGAUCAGUCCUCGGCAGACGGCUCGCUAGUGAACCAAGGAACCGCGCCGAUCCUCGCCUCGACCUUCAGCGACGUCUUCCAGGUCUUCUCGGCCAAGAAGUUUCCCGGUGUCUGCGAGAGCACCCCCUUGAGUAAGUGUUUCGCAACGCAGGGCAUAAAGAUUCCCAUACGCAAGGAGGGUGCCGGCGACGGCAAGAAAGCUGGCGAAGAUGACGAUGACUUUCAGUAAGCGGAUGGUCGAAUCUGUUUUCAGUUCCAUGGCGGGCGCUCGGAGUUUCAAGGCACAAACAAAACACAACAAAUAUGUCAUACGGCUAUAGUAGUCAGAACAUGGUUUAUGUCGGCGGCUCAUCUCGUCUUGCUUUCCCCGGCGUUGGUCCUCCUCCCCUGGUUUGGAGUGACGAUGCCAAGUUGAGCAGAGCAUUUUCUUGUUUGUAUGUGUGUUUUCGUAUAGAGUAAAGAAUCGCAAGACUUGACAUGCAUUCACAAUCAACCAGUCAGUCCCAUAUGCCCAUGAGACAGACAGCACUAUGUAUGCCUACCUGACGCUGCAUGCCAUGGGCACAUGCAUAUCAUAUUAUGGAGCAAGCAUCGACGCUGGAGAGG